ACUUUUUAAAACACUUAUAAUUGAAUCAAACAAACCCAAUCCCCCUCUCUCUGAUCUCUCUCCAAAAAAUGGAGUUAUUCAACUUGAUUUCCAUUUUCCUUUUUGUAUCUUUCCUAUUUUUACUUAAAAAAUUGAAGAAUUCCAAUAGCCAAAUUAACAAAAGAUUGCCUCCUGGUCCAUGGAAAUUACCUAUUCUUGGAAGUAUUUUUCAUAUGGUUGGUGGACUUCCACAUCGUGUUCUUAGAGAUUUAGCCCAAAAAUAUGGUUCAAUUAUGCACCUUCAACUAGGUGAAGUUUCUGUGGUUGUCAUCACUUCCCCUGAGAUGGCGAAAACAGUACUAAAAACUCAUGAUCUCGCUUUUGCAUCUAGGCCAAAAACUGUGGUCUCCGAAAUUGUCUUGUACAAUUGCACAGAUAUUGCCUUUUGUCCAUAUGGUGAUUACUGGAGACAGAUGCGCAAAAUUUGUGUCUUGGAAGUGCUUAAUGCCAAAAAUGUUCGAUCAUUCAGUUCGAUUAGACAAGAUGAAACUCUUCGUCUUAUUGAAUUUUUUCGAUCAUCAUCCUCUAGUCAUGAGCCGGUUAAUGUAACAAAAAGGAUUUCGUUAUUUACAAGCUUCAUAGUAUGUCGAUCAGCAUUUGGGACGAUACUCAAGGAGCAAGACGAAUUUAUACGAGUAAUGAAAAAGGUGACAUUCUUAUUGGGAGGGUUCCAUGUAGCUGACAUAUUUCCAUCAAUGAAAUUUCUUCAUGUGUUAAGUGGAAUGAAAGGUAAAAUUAUGGAUCUCCACCAUAAGGUAGAUACUAUUGCUGAGAAUGUUAUAAAUGAGCACAAGAAAAAUCUUGUAAUUGGCAAGACUAAUGGUGAAUUAGGAGGUGAAGAUUUAAUUGAUGUACUAUUAAGACUUAUGAAAGAUGGAGACCUUCAAUUUCCAAUCACCAAUGACAACAUCAAAGCUAUUGUUUAUGACAUGUUUGCAGCAGGGACAGAAACAACAUCAACCACAAUUGAUUGGGCCAUGGUGGAAAUGAUUAAGAAUUCAAAUGUAUUUUCCAAAGCUCAAGAUGAGGUAAGAGAAGCCUUUAGAGGAAAAGAAACUUUUGAUGAAAAUGAUGUUGAAGAAUUGAAAUACCUAAAGCUAGUCAUUAAAGAAACUUUAAGACUCCAUCCUCCACUUCCACUUAUGCUCCCAAGAGAAUGUGGUGAAGAAGUAGUCAUAAAUGGCUAUACUAUUCCUAUGAAAACAAAAGUUAUAGUUAAUGUAUGGGCUAUUGGAAGAGAUCCAAAAUAUUGGGAUGAUGCAGAAAGCUUUAAACCUGAAAGAUUUGAGCACAGCUCAAUUGAUUUUGCUGGUAAUAACUUCGAAUUUCUUCCUUUUGGUAGUGGAAGAAGGAUUUGUCCUGGAAUAUCAUUUGGUUUAGCUAAUGUUUAUUUGCCUUUGGCAAAAUUAUUGUAUCACUUUGAUUGGAAACUCCCAAACGGAAUUAAUCCAAGUGAUCUUGACUUGACUGAGUCUGAUGGAGCAAGUUGUACCAGAAAGAAUGACCUUUACUUGAUUGCCACUCCCUAUCAACCUUCUUAAGUGUGACUCAAUGGCAUCAUACUUUAUUCUAAGAAAGAUUGAAAGUAAUUUUUUUUUAUAUAUUAAUGUAAUAGUUGAUUUUAUAAAGCUCGCUAUGCUUCCUUCUUCGUAUGAUAGUUUAUGUUUUCACUAUUUGUAAAUUAUGUGUCUUUGGUAUGUAGUAAGUGUAUCAUGAUUGUUAUCUACAUAGAAUGCCAUAUGUUACUAGUGUUUCCGA